AUGGCUGGCCCCAUUGAGAGGCUUCAGACGGAUAGUGGGACCAUCUCGCCUACUCGGGCGUUUAUCACAGGUCUCCUACCCUUUUUACUUCGGUGGUGGUUCAUAACAAUCCCCGGCUUGAUCGUUGUGCGCGCGCUAUACAGGAGAUAUGCUUCACCAUUGCGAAAAUACCCUGGCCCAUGGCUGGCCUCGAUGACGAGGCUAUGGAAGGUGACCUCAACCGCCUCUACUCACACUCACCUCGAGCAUAUCGAGCUGCACAAGAAGUAUGGACCCAUCGUGCGAAUUGCACCAAACGAGGUUUCCGUGUCGUCUCCCGAGGCUGCGCGCACGCUCCUGUCAGCAGGAAAGCGUUUCUACAAGACCAAGUUCUACGGUGUCUUCCCGCCGCCGGAGAACCCAGACAUUUUCACCGAGUAUCGCGAAGAUGUCCACGCGCAGAAGAAGAAGGUCGCCAACGUGCCCUACAGUAUGGCAGCAAUGCAGCAGCUCAGCCCCUUCAUCGACGAUACAAUCGAGGUGCUGAUGCAGAAAUUGGACUUGGCCGCGGGACCCGCCGGAGAAAAGACCAAGGACCUCUCCAACGGCCCAAUCGUCGAUCUCGGUAACUGGCUCCACUGGUUCGCCUUCGACGUCCUGGGCGAGGUGGCCUUCAGCCGGAGCUUUGGAUUCCUGGAGCAGGGCCGAGACGUGGACGGCGCGAUCCGCACUAUCGAUGAUAUGCAGCGGUACAAUGGCAUCGUGGGGCAGGUGCCAUUCAUGGACCACUUCCUAAGGAGGAAUCCGCUGCGGAGCCUGAUUCCGGGGCUGACGACCAAGGACGCACUCAUCACUCGCAUGGCGCUGGAGGAGCUCGAACGGAGGAAACCUUUCGAUAAGGAGAGCGAGGGCAAGUGGAGGGGAGGUGAUGGGCGGCAGGAUCUGCUGGCCAGUCUGAUCAAGGGUCAUCUCAAGGACCCGGAGCGAUUUGGGGAGGGUGAUGUCUUUGCUGUCGCUCAUGGUGCGAUCUUCGCCGGUUCCGACUCUACCGCCUCAACCAUGCAGUCCUUCUUCUGGCAGAUCCUCUCCGAUCAGCGCGUCUACGCCCGCAUCCAAGAGGAGAUAAAGACGGCAGUCGCCGACGGCACCAUCCCGGCCACAGGCAAUGUCUCGUGGAACGAGGCCCAGAACCUUCCAUACUUCCAGGCGUGCAUGAAGGAGGCGAUGCGCGUGCGCCCGGCCGUCGGGCUCAACAUCGCGCGCCUUGUGCCCCCCGAGGGCGCCGAGGUGGACGGCCAGUCCUUCCCCGGCGGGGUGACCAUCGCCGUGAACGGGUGGGUCCUGCACCGUGACAGGUCCACUUUCGGUGAAGACGCGGAUGUCUACCGACCGGAGCGCUGGCUGGGCGACCCUGAGGAGGCGAAGAGGAUGGAGAGGUACAUGUUCCAGUUCGGUGGCGGUAGCCAUGUCUGCAUCGGCCGCAACCUUGCCCUGCUCGAGAUCAACAAGGUCUGCCCUCGGCUUCUGCGGGACUACCACUUUGAGCUCGUUAACCCAGGAAGGGAGUUGGAAGCUCACGCCACCUUUUUCGUUGUACAAGAGGGGUUGGAGGUGUUCAUUUCGAAGAAAUAG